AUGACUGUUUCUUCCACUUCUGAUAUUGAAAUAACCCUCUGGCACACUUGGGCCCUGACUGUCACUCAUGAGGCAUGUGAAUAUACCAAAUGGAAAUUCAAUGCAGAGAAGACAGGAGGAGACCCAGUUAUACCUUCUCCAAACCUAGACACUGAUCUGGUGAUGGCUUGCAAUCAAUUGGUUGAUUGCCUGAUAAAGGCAUAUAAAAAUCCCAUUCAGAUGCAGAUCAAUGUUGCAAGAUAUAGCAAAUUGAUCUCCCCAAAGGACACCAGGCAUAAUAAAAAGAGAAAGGAGAAGUUGCUUGAGAGGUGUCCCCCUGGCCAUGAGGGCACAAAGUUGGUGGAGAUACCCACCACAAUUCUUGAUGCAUCCGGUGCCAUCAUCACAUGGUACAUCCCAGACACCCUGACUGAUGCCACCCAGAAGGAAAUUUGGGCAGCCUCUGAUUUGCUCGCUCCAAUCCUCAAAAAAAGUGUCAAGCUUGAUGGCAAUUGGCGAACUAAUCAAGAGUGGUUCAAACCAAGCUUGGAAAAUGAUGUCUUAACUCCCAGAUGCAUCAAUUUGUCUCCAGCAUGGUUUCAACAGGGGCACAAGAAUCAGUCAGAUCCAGAGGUAUCUACAUCAUUGAAGGGGGCAUCCUCUGAGAAGAUCCUCAAAGCCAUUGCGAGGCCAGCAGCCAUUGCAACAGUGGCACUCAGGGUGAUGCAUCCCAAGCAGUACUGGGCAGGUUUGCAAGCCUUUUCAAGCCUUGGAGAAAAGGCAGAAAGCAAGGAACUGCCAAAGAUGUCAGAGACUCUCCAGUACUGGGCAUCUGUGUUUAACAGCCUGUCCAUCAUUUCCAAUCAGGAAACCCCCAAUCAUCAAGACCAUUUAUCUAUUCCUGAAUGCUUUGACAUUCUCAUUACUGUGGGGAAUUAUUCUAAUGCUUGGAUGAGCAUGCCAAGCCUUCAGCUGGAGUUCAGAAGGAUUGUGAGACAUGGGGUUCAUGCAGUGGAAGGGGAUCAGAUUGCUUGGGCAUGGUAUAUGAGGGAUUUCAUUCAUGUUUAUGCUGGGGUUCCAUCAUGUGGAUGGGCUAGGGUGGAUUACAAACAGUGA